AUGGAUUCGACAACAAUGGUGCCUAAGCACUCUGUAAUAGGCAAUGAAGACACGGAGAAAGCAGAUGCCAUUGCCACUAGUCAACCGAUAGAUAUUACAUCAACAUCAGCAUCAUCAUCAACAACAACAACAGCGGUACUUGGAGAUGGUGUACAGGAGGGGAGCGUAAAACAUGAAGAUGUUCCCACAGAAGAUGGAGAAGCGGAGGGGGAAGAAGAGGAAGGUGAAACUCGCUGUAUCUGUGGAGAGCUCGAUACUCCGGAUGACUCUGGAUUUUUCAUUCAGUGUGAGCAAUGUAGUUCUUGGCAGCACGGCUAUUGUGUAAGCAUUACUCAAGACAACGCCCCUGAUAAAUAUUGGUGUGAACAAUGCAGACCAGAGCUCCACCAACUCUUCACCACAGACACUGGUGAAGCAAGGUCAAUAUAUAAGCCUGUUCAAGAGAAAAGGAGACAAUCAAGAAGGAGGGCACGAAAUGCCGCUGCAAGUAAACCUCUUUCCGCCAAUGAAGUGGAGAAAAGUCCCAAGAAUACUAGCAAUACCGAUGAUAAUAUCGACGAUAUCGGUGACGAAGAAGAUGAGGUAGAAGAUGAAGCUUCAGGUUUAGGCUUAGCGAAAGACGGUAAUACAAGGUCAAGUAGAAGAAGGAGGAGGAAUUCAGUGGACGAUGCCUCUACCGAUCAAUACUCACUGGAUGCUGGAGACAGCGAUAAAAAGCUACUGGAUAGAAAAAGGGCAACUUUCAUGGCAAGAGAAGAAAAACAAUAUCAAAGAAUGCUCGAAAAAGCUCUGAAAGAAAGCAGGAGAACAUCGCAUCAAGAAGACCCGGAAAGUUACGAAAACAAUGGUAAUAUAUUCGAAGGCGAUACCGACGACCACAAUGGCACAACUAGAUUACAGACAGACGUUAUGCUAACGGAAGGUAAACCGGACUCGAUAACAAAUAUUGAUUUGAAAGAUAGCCUACGGCCAUCUAAAGAGCAACCAAUGGAAAAAACAAAAGAUGUAGAAAAAGAAGCUAGCCAAGAAAAGGAAUCUUCCAUGAGUUCAGUGCAGGAUACUGAGAAAACAGAUGAACCUAUCCCACCCCUAACCUCCAUAUCUUCUUCCGAAGAUGACUCCAGGAAAGCUAGUUCAAGGGGUUCUAAGAGGGUUUCAAAACCAGCAAGAAAGAGCAAUAGAACUCGUCGAAGUAAUACAAGUUCAGAUACCAACCAAGGUAGAAGAACCGCUGAUAUAGGCGCCGACAAACCAGUAAAGCCUAGAUUACCUCCACAGAGGACCUCAUUGAACGAAAUGAGAAGAAGGGUGUCUGCUAUUUUGGAAUUCAUCUCCAGGACUCAAUGGGAAUUGAGUGAAGACCAGUCUGAUCGAGAAGAAUUUGUACGAUUCGUUGAAAACCAACACUUCGUAGAAAAAGUCGAUACGAUUUACAACGGUUAUAAGGAAAGUUUAUCAAUGAUGGACGAUCUGACUAGAGAAUUACUACUAUGGGAGAAAAAAUACUCAAAUAAUCCCAGUGCCAUUUAA